AUGGAAGUGAAAGAGAAAAGUCAAGAACUGAAUGAUGUGGAGGAGAAAUGCAUUCGGAAAAGACCUCAAAGAACCAAAGGCUCUUUUUGUGGAAAGAGUUUCACACGUAAAGAAAUCCUGAAAGGUCACAUGAACAUUCAUUCAGGAGAGAAAUUACACCACUGUUCUCAGUGUGGCAAGAGUUUCACAUGGGCUUCAACUCUCAAAAAUCAUCUGCGCUAUCACUCUGGAAACAAACCAUUUAACUGUGAUCAGAGCAGUCAAACCUUUCUUCCGGCCUCAGACCUGAAGAGAUGCAAGAAAAUGAAUGCAAAUGAGACUCGUUACUGGUGUGCUGUAUGUCUAAAAAGUUUUUCACGGCUGGACAAAUGUAAACGGCACCAGGAAAAACAUACAGACGUGAGUGCCCAUAUGUGCCUUGAAUGUGGAAAAACCUUUGCUAAAGUCUGUGACCUGGAAAACCAUCAAAGAAUUCAUUCUGGAGAUGUCCGCAGAACAGACCUGCUGGAGCAGAAAAAGGAAAAUCAAGAACUAAAUGAAGUGGAGGAGAAACAUCAGGUUCAGAAAACUCAUGAUUCCAUCAAAGGAGAAAAUUCUUCCAGUAGCUCACAGACUAAAAAGAAAUUCUCUGAAAAAAGAACUAUAAGAACAAAACCAAAAGAAUAUUUCACCUGCCCUCAGUGUGGAAAGAGUUUCACACAUAAAGGACACUUUAAUAUCCACAUAAGAACUCACACAGGAGAGAAGCCUUACAAAUGCCAACAGUGUGGAGUGACUUUCACACGUAAAGACAGCCUUAAAGGACACAUGAGAAUUCACACUGGAGAGAAGUUACACCACUGUUCUCAGUGUGGCAAGAGUUUUGUUCGGGCAUCACAUCUCAAAGUUCAUCUGCGCUAUCACUCUGGAGAAAGACUAUUUAACUGUGAUCUUUGCAGUAAAACAUUUUUUUGUUCAUCACACCUGAAAAGACACCUAAAAGUCCAUGCAGAUGAGAAGCCUUACUUGUGUUCUCUUUGUGGAAGGAGCUUCUUACAGCUUGACCAUUAUAAAGAGCACCAGGAAAGACAUACAGAUGUGAGUGUCCAUAUGUGCCUUGACUGUGGAAAAACCUUUACUAAAGCCUGUGACCUGGAUGACCACCAAACAAUUCAUUCUGGAGAUGUCAACACACCAGCCAGCAUCCUGAAAUUGCACCAGAAGAUCCAUACUGGAGAAAAACCUUACAAGUGCUUAUGUUGUAGAAAGGGUUUCACCAAUUCAGGACUCCUAAAAAGACACGAAAGAGUGCAUACUGGAGAGAAGCCAUACCACUGCACUUCAUGUGGGAAGCAUUUCAUCCAAUCAAGCACUCUAAAGAGUCACUAG